AGACUAUUCAUCUCCAACUCAUUCAAACACAUUCUUACACACUAACACUUUUGUGGUGCUAAAUUCAGUAGAGAAGUAUCUGUAACCAAUGGCAUCUUUUUCCCCUCUAGUCAUCAUCUUCCUCUGCAUUUUCUUCUUGUCCGUAAACGCCAAUGAGGUAACCGUCGGUGGAAAAUCCGGUGACUGGAAGAUCCCUCCUUCAUCUUCUGACUCUUUCAACGAAUGGUCUCAAAAGGCUCGCUUCAAAGUUGGCGACUUUCUCGUUUUCAGCUACGAAGCUGGUAAAGACUCGGUGCUGCAAGUGACAAGAGAGGCGUACGAGAAAUGCAACACCACGAGCCCGAAAGCCAGCUACACCGACGGGAACACCAAGGUGAAGCUAGAACAACCCGGUCCGGUGUACUUCAUAAGUGGAACAAAGGGUCACUGUCAAAAGGGGCAGAAGCUACGCCUUGUUGUGGUCACUCCUCGUAGCUCUCUCUCACCGGCUCCUUCUCCAUCUGACGGUCCCGCCGUUGCUCCUACUAGUGGCGCUGCUAAGCUCACCGGCGUCUUCAGUGUUGUGGGCCUUGGUCUUGGACUCUGGGCCUUGUUCUGAGAGCAGCUUUUCACUUUUAUUUUUAAAUGUUUUUAGUCUUGAAUUCUAUUCUAUUUAUUAAUUUUCAAAUAUGUAGCAGAGAUCUUUGCUAUGUCUCCCUAGUCUUGUUGUUACUAAUUCAGUAUUCACAAGAUUAAUUAAGUUUUAUUAAUAUAAUCGGAAUCACUUUUGAACU